AUGGGAGCUAACGAGUUUGAAGACAAAAUCCCAAGUACGAUUGGGCAACUUCGAGAACUCACCGAACUCGAUCUCAAUUCGAAUGGGUUCAAUGGUACCAUUCCAUCCUCUCUUUGGAGGCUGAGUGAGUUGAAAUCCCUGGAUCCAUCUUAUAAUCCACUGAGUAGGGAGUUGCGUGACAUUCACUUUGCCAAACUCACACAACUGAAAGAAUUACGCUUAUCCUCCACUCUACUUGCUCUGAAUGUGAGUUCCUCAUGGGUCCCACCAUUCCAACUUCAAUCUAUGGGAAUGGAUGAUCUCAGUGAUAACCACUUCAACGGCAGCAUCCCUGAUUCUUUGUGCAGCUUACAAAUGCUUGUUCUCCUGGAUCUUUCUAACAACCAGCUCUCCGGAAGGAUCCCUUCAUACAUUGGUAAGCUUAAAACGUUGGGUGUGCUAAAUCUAGCAAACAACAGUCUCUACGGGCACAUUCCAAUUUCAUUGGGACAUCACAAUGAUCUCCAAUCUUUGCACUUGAACCGAAACAAAUUUACAGGGAUGGUCCCAUUCUCGUGCAGACAUCUGAAAAAUUUGCAGUAUCUUGAUCUUGGAAACAAUGAGUUGGAGGGCAUUAUACCAGCAUGGAUUGGCGAAGAACUAUCCCUUCUAAAGAUGUGA